AUGUCAACCAGCACUACGAAUAUCAAAACCGAAUGGAGCAAAGGGCUUGGCGGUCUGGGAGCAGUCUACAGUACAUGUAUACCCACUAUGAAAAAUUACCUGGAAGAUACCAAACACUGGACUAGGGAAGAGUACGAUAAACGAGCGUAUGAUCAUUGGAUUUCCAAAAAUCCGGGAAGUACGAGGGAACCAAGUGAGAGUGAAUGGAAAGCUUAUACUGACAAGUAUUACGAGGAUAUGGUGAAAAGGGCCAAUGAAGGACCGACCGUCAAUGCCAUCUACCAUUUCUGCCGGGAAGCUUUUGAUCAAUGUGAGAUUGACACUAACGAUGUUCUUGCGACCUGUCCCACCUCCUAUUCCGAUUCUACUAAGGUCUUCACAACUAAAAAUGACAAAGAGGCUUAUGACAUUUAUCUAAUCAGUCAAGACCACAAGGAGAAAGAAAGGUUGGAUCAUCGAAUCUCAAGUGAUUAUCUCAUCAAGAAGUAUGCUCUACAUGCGGAUUUCACUCAACCCAUCGAUGAAGAUCUCGCAGAAGCAAUCACAUUCCUGAAAUCUUCGUGA